ACAUGGGUAACAUGUUACGUCACUCGGUCAGAAACAAAGAUCAAAAUGACAAGUUUGAUCAUAGCUGGUCUUGGUGUCGCCGGGGCUGCGAUUGCAGGUCGCUUCGCCGUGCAAGCUUUCAAAAAAGUCAACUUAAAUGCUAUCCCCAAGGUCAUUCCGAAAAUCCCACAAUUUUCACAUUACUACAGAGGAGGUUUUGAACCUAAAAUGACUAAAAGAGAAGCUGCUUUAAUACUUGGGAUAAGCCCAGCUUCACAAAAAAAUAAGGUUCGGGAAGCUCACAGAAGAAUCAUGCUAAUCAAUCACCCAGACAGAGGUGGUUCGCCAUACAUUGCUGCAAAGAUCAAUGAAGCAAAAGAUUUACUAGAUGAAGCAUCCAAGUAAAGAAAUCUCUGCAAAUGAGGCUUUUAAAACACAUGACUGUAUAUUGGCUUUUGAUUUCCAAGCGAGAGUCAGGCAUACGAUGGUGGUCCCAUGGUGGGUACAUGGCAUGGGAUAUAUACAAUAUGAUUUGGAAUUGGUAGUGUGGUAUAGGUUACCUCAUUGACACUUAAUAUAAUUAUGUGCAUUGACCUCAUUGAGUACCAGGAAAGCACAACAAAGGAUAUCAAGCAUAAUUUAUUAAAAGAAAGCUAGAAAAUGAACAUUUGUCAAUCAUGCAAGCAAACCCCUCACUCUUUUAGGUGGCUUACUGCUGUUUUGUAUCACUACGUGGCCCAAAAAGAUGAAGUCUCAACAUUCAAAAUGCAAAUUCUCUCUUUCAAAUGUGUUCACUUGUAGCUGGCUAAUUUUUAAACUUGAGAAAUGGACCAGUUUGGUGUCUUAAAUUUGUCUCAUUUAUUUAACGUUUGCUAGCAUGGAAAUAUCUGAUAUUUUUAGAUAUCUAAGACAGCUUGAGUGUUUCCAUUAGAUAGAAAAGCACUGCUUGCAAACAAUCAAUAAGUUUUGACAGCAUUUUUAACACAGACACGUGAAUGAUGGUGGAGGUACCGUAAUAUUUGAAGUUUGGACUGUAUUUUGUAUUGCCAGUUGUCCAAUUGUACAAUAUGGAUUUGGUUUUGAACUGGUACAGAACAGAACUGAACAGACAACUUGUACCAGUCCAAAAACCAUAGUAUAGCUGUUCAAAUCCAUUUUUUACCAAGAUAGACAAAUUGAAAUAAAACAUGCAUGACAUAAAAGGAUUCAACUACUGAAACAGGAUAUUUUUAAACAUAAUAGAGUGGUUUUCAAAAUCAAGUGCAACAAAAUAUUAUUGUUAAAGUGUAUAUAUAGUCAAGCCAGAACAAAAAAGAAAAAAAAUAUAACAGUGUAUUAGUACUAAAAAACUAAAUAUAUUUCACUGGUUUUUGAAACCACUAUGUUUUUGUCAGCAUAAAGCAUAGAGGUAUAGUAUACAGUAGUUUACAGAUGCAUACCAAGCAUUGGCUGAUGGGUGGACAGUCAUAGGUAUCACAUGGAAAAUGCAUCGUAUAUGAAGAUUCCUUAAUAAGAAAUGACCCACUUCUUGGCCUUCAAGGGGGUACAUGCACACCCCCUGUGUACGUGCCUGGUUUAUGGCAUUAAAACUUAUGAGCCUUAUUCCUAGUGUCAAAAACUGAAAAAAAAAUAUAAGAAUUUGAAUAAAGAUCAAUUCCUUUUGAAAGAAAACAAAAAUAUUAAAGGAUAAAAUGUU